AAGUGGCGCGGUCUCCAUGGCAACGGCGUCGGCCGGCGGGCGCGGGCGGGUCGGAACAGCCUGCAGGUGCAAUGGCCACAGUGGCUUUCCUGGACACAGCACUAGCUCAGCUCUGCUUCCCUCCGAGCACAGCCGCUCUCCUGUGGGCCAGCACUGUCACCAUGCACGUCACCAGGCCCAAAUCUGCCAAGGGACGCAGAAGGCCAAGCUUCAGCCACCCUCAGGAUGUGGAAGCCUGUCCAUGCCAAGUGCCUUCUUCCCCACCGGCAGCCUCUCCUCGGGGAUUAGCGAGCAGCCAGAGAGCACCACUCACAAAACUGGCGUUCCCACCCACUCAGGUGUCUCCUGAGGAAAUCCCGGAGCUCCUGCAGCAAGUGCCUCUGAAGACCUCCUCUUCCCUGAACAAGUACCGGGUGCUCCCCUCCAUUGGCUGGAAGGGCGUAGGGAGCAAUGCCAUGGAAGCGCUGGCUCAACAGACCGACCGGCUGGAAGUGAGUGAGGGGCAGAAGAACACUCUGAAAUUCAGCAAAACUCUGUCUGGAGAACAGGGAUCUGGCAGUACACUGUCAGGAAGCGAUGUUCCCGCUGAGGAGAGCUCCCACAUGCACUGUCCCCCUGAGAAGUGGGGAAGGAAAAUGAGGCAGGAGAGCCCUUCCAUGUCCCCUCUAAGCUUAGAAGAGCCCCACGUGCUGCUCGCGGUCCGGUCUCCCUCUGGCCAGAGGUUUGAGCACCACUUCAAACCCUCUGACAGUCUCCUGACAGUCCUUGCCAUGGCAGGACAGAAAUUGUUGGCCAACUACCAACACUGCAGCAUUGAAACGAUGGAAGUCCCCCGGAGGAGCUUCUCUGACCUUACAAAGUCCCUCCACGAAUGUGGGAUCCUCCACAAGUCGGUGCUGUGCAUUCGACAGGACAAGCAGCACGAUGCAGCAGAUCUUUAGGCACACGGAGAUGGGUCGUUCUGCUGAGUGGGAUGCGUUGCUUCUUCCAAAAAAAACUGAGUCUGAUGUUUCCUGGGCCUACUCUUGCCAUCUUUCACAAAUUCCCAUGAAGCAGUUAUGGAUGUUGAGAAAUAGUAUUUCAGGUGUAUAAACCUGCAUCAUAAAGAGCAGCUUGUUUCACCUGUGCCAUCACAAAUUGCUUCCUGAGUGCCACCAACCUUCAGUCUUUUUGGUUUGUUGAAGUUGCUGAUGUUCUUUUUUGAAAACUCAAGUUUCCAAGACCUCUCCUCUUGUCCUUUUCUCUGUUUUGGGAAGGUACUACUUCCCAGAGUGGAUCUGGAUGCACCUAUUUGGGAAGGUAGAAACAGAACUGUUUUACCUGCAGGACUCAGUAGCUGAUCAUCAUCCUAAACAUCAAGAGACUGAAAAGGAGCUUAAACCCCUAAACCAUCUGGAAGUAAGAGUAUUAACACAUUAAUGGGUUAUUAGGAAGUAUUAAAUUGCAAGACUGAUUGUAAAAUACCUGUGAGGGCUCAGCUCUUUCUGGGUAACCUCAGUCCAGCUCUUUACUGUGACUAAAUCACUUUUUUAAGAACAAAUAGUUAUUACUUUGUCUUGGUGAGCAGCAGGAUUUUCUCCUUAGUUUCCCUUCUCUCAUUCAGCUUGUGUGAUCUGUAGGUAAGAACAGAUGAAUAAUUAAGAAGGGAUGUUACAAAUAACUCCAUUUAACACCUUAACACUGAAGUGAGUUAGUCCAAGAAGCAAAGUGUUGUUUUGGGAAUUUUAAAAUAAAAAUGUAUUAAUGAGAUUUGACUGAGGAAUUGGCUCACACCAUCUUUUACUAAACCAUCAUUAAAAGGCUGUUUGGCAGGUUUAGGUAACUACAACGUGCUUGUGCUAAAAAAAAUAUCUUCUAGUAUCUAAUGAAAAUUCAAAUAAUUCAAUCUACUUAAAAAAUGGAUCACUUACUACAGAGAUGAGCGACUUUAAAUGGUUUGAGGCAAACCCAGUUUAUUAUUUCAAACCUCAGUGUAACUGCCAAACCAGCCCACCUCAGGAGCAGAAACACAACAGGAGCAGAAAGCUGAUGCUGGUGCUGAUCACAAGUGUAGUAUCUGAUGUUAAAUAAGCGUUCAGGGUCCAUGGCUUUAUAGAACCAGUACCUGAUGAAACAGUUACCUGCUGCUGUGGGUGAUGGAAUUGCACAGCAGCAAUCCCAGAUAUUGAAACACACAGAUGCCUUCAACUAAACCAUAGCGGGGAACAAAGUAGUUCAGGAAAAGGAAUGAUUUUCUAUAUUCCCUUCAGCAUUAGGUGGCUAAAUCCCUUGUUCUGACUGUUGUGUACUGUGUUACUUCACCAUUUCAGAGUGUUUCCAUCCUGUGAUAGUACAGCCAAUAAAACCUUUCAGGCUGAAACUUGAA